AUGAAGACUCGAGCAACGGCCCCAGAGCAGCCUGAAGCUCAAGCAGCUCAGACGAAAAUGCUUGUCUCUGAAAAGCCUACCAAGUCCUUUAUUCUCCCGUCUUCCACAAGUGACAAUGCGCGGCUACUCACGCUCCCGAACCCGCAGUCGGGAGAACUAGCCCGCUAUUUCUUCUGCCCAGAUCGCGGUAUAUUCGAGUUUACAGUGAUCGCACCACCAGCUCAGAAUGCGCGGAGUAUUCUGUUUACUCCUCAAACGCCUCAAUCAACCACCGAGGCCGACGCGACGGAGAAGCCCGCCCCUUCGACAAAAGCAACACUUGCGAAAAAGGCCGAAUUGCUGGUUGCAACGCCCAUAGAUGCAAUCUUUUUCCUGGUGCCUUUGCUGUCGCCUUCUUCAAAAUCAGGUCAUUCUCUGUUUCAGCCGCUGGACGACAUUAUUGACUCGCAAGAUGACCUGCCGACGCAUUUUCGUCACGUCCUCUACGACGAAACCUUUCGACCGACCCUUCUGGCGCGCGCAGAAGCCAUGAGUGAAAUCGUGGAAGCGGGUGAAGAAAAGCUGUUCCGAUUCGAUGAGACGAAGCUCGUCAGGGAGUUGAUCGCCAAGGCUGAGCGCAUGGCAGAACAAGAGCUGCCGGUGAGCUUGGAAGAACGGUUUAUUCGCCAGGCACUAGCAACGCCUUUGAUGUCGGUCAAGCGAGAGGAUGUUAUGACCAGCCAGGAGUCAAAUGACGGCGAGUCGAGUUCUAAGGCGGAUGAGAGACAAGAUUCACCAUCCACCAUGGCCACAACUGCCACGCCAUCGGUAUCAACGCCCGCAGGCGAAUCGACGCCAGUAUCUCAACCAUCGGGAGAAGACUCAGAUUCCUCGGAUCACAUCACCCGUUUACUGCGAAUCUCCACAGCGCUGUCGUUCAUGAAGGAGUCUUACCUUCCAGAGACCCUCUGUGCUCGAUUAGAUGAGAUCUUCGCUUCCCCGGAGAGCCCAAUUGAUUUCAAGCCGUUGAAAGACCGUCUCAAGCACCUCGCUGAUCUCCGCGCAGAGGCCGUGGCAUCGCGGGCAAUGACCGACUUCAGCCGGAAGCGAAGUUUGGACGAUGAAGAGGUGGAGGCACGCGCUGAGAAAAAGCGCCGCAAGGAGGAGGAAGAAAAGAACAAAAAAGCUGCCGAGUCUCGAGGUGUGCGGGACCUGAAGAAGGUCAACACAACUGGCAUGAAGAAGAUGAGCGACUUCUUCACGAGAUCAGCCACCAAGAAAAAGUCUUGA